GGAGAAUUAGCAGAUCAGCUCACAGAGCAACACAUGUGGCCCACACCCAUUCGAGGGAGAGAGAGAAAAAAAAAACACAUUGCGCAUGGGUCUCCAACUUAACACUCCUGUCAACUUAACAGCAUAACAGUUGCACAAAUUCAUCACGGAAAGGGAGUUGAAGGAAAACGUAUCGCUUGACUUGGACUUGUAUUGACUGUUCAUCAUGGAGUCACCAACAACAGCAGGUACAAUAAGCCCCUCGGUAUCGGAAGAGGCCUUCAGCCACAUGGUCAGUCACAUCAGAGAACUCUUCACACAGCCCUCCGUAGCUGCAGGAGCUCUAACAACAACUUUUCUACAGAAGACUGAAAUUCCAGAUGCUUUUGUUGGAGUUCUGACAACAACUUCUGCACAUAUGACUGAAACAACCUCAGAUGCUUUUUUAGUGGGAGCCGCCAUCGUAAAAGGUGUAUCCUUUGAACUCCUUUUCGUAGGAGUCAUUCUUGUGGUGGUACUGGUGGUGGUACUGGUGCUGGUACUGUGCCACAAAUGCAAGCAUAAGGGCACUUACCACACCAACGAGGCCGAGUGUGGUGAUUCUGAUUCUGUCGACACGUAUGGUGUUGCCUCUCAAAGCGAACUAGAGAUUUUGAAAGAGGAAGAAUAGAAAGAAGUACACUUCAUUUGAAACAGGACUUUUUCCGAUUCUAAACCGGGGCCAGUUGUCAACUCAAGAUGCCAAAUAUUUUCUACGGAAUUGGUAAUGCCUAUGAUGGUCAUCUAAUUUCAAGGCAACAUUUAUAUGGGGCAUACGACCAUCUCAGCUCUGCAGAUUUUGCCACGAAGAGACAGAAUCGUUAGAUCAAUUAUUUUUGUAUUAUCCAGAUAUACACUAUAUAUACAAAAUUAUGUGGACACCCAUUAGUGAAUUUGGCUAUUUCAGCCACAUUACAGCUUUAUUUCCUUCAUCAAUCAAUAUACAGAAGCACUUUAAUAAACAAUUCAUAUUCAUUACAUGUAAAUGUUUAUACUCAAAAGAUAGUACCUUGUUUGAAUUUCUAUUAUGAGGGUGUUGAGCGAGCUUAAUGUAUAAUAAUGUAUAGCAUUGCUGAAUGUAAUAUCUGUUUUCAAUUUUUUUCUAAAUUGACGUCCAGUAGUAAUCUGAGCUUGUAAAAUGAAAUCAAGGCACAGGCAUCUUUCCUAACGCCAAACUGAAUGUUUUUUUUUUUUUUGGCCUGAAGGUACCAAUAACUGAGAAAAGGAAAUGCUACGGCAAGGACCAUAAGAACACAAAAAAAUAUGUUCAUGAAACUUGACAGACAUUUCACCUAUGACAAUACUGGGAACAAAACAGUCAAAAAAAUGUAAAUUCCCCUUCUAAUUCUUAUGCAAGUCUCUGUAACUAAUAUAUUACCAUGUGAUUAAAGAGAAGCGACCUUG